GGCUGGGAGGGAGCCUCCCCCUGCCCCUCCUCCUCCUCUGCCCGCCUGUUUCCCCGCACAGCAGCCUGGGCCUGGGCCGGGCUCAGGCCGAAACUCGCAGGCGGUCAGGAGAGCCCCCAAACUUUGCAGAGUGGCGGCGGCCGCGCUGGAGCAAUGUGGCUGCUGUGGCUGCUCUUGGGCUCGGCGGAAAGCCAACUUUUGCCUUGGAAUAACUUCACCAAUGAAUGCAAUAUCCCUGGAAACUUCAUGUGCAGCAAUGGACGUUGCAUCCCAGGAGCCUGGCAGUGUGAUGGGCUGCCGGAUUGCUUUGAUGAAAGUGAUGAGAAGGAAUGUCCAAAAGCCAAAUCUAAAUGUGGCUCCACCUUCUUUCCCUGUGCAAGUGGAAUUCACUGCAUCAUUGGUCGCUUUCGAUGCAAUGGGUUUGAAGACUGUCCUGAUGGUAGCGAUGAAGAAAACUGCACAGCAAAUCCCUUGCUGUGCUCUACUGCCCGAUUUCACUGUAGGAAUGGCCUGUGCAUUGAUAAAAGCUUUGUGUGUGACAAUCAGAAUAACUGCCAAGAUAAUAGUGAUGAAGAAAGUUGUGAAAACCUUCAAGAAUCUGGUAGUGACCAGGAUUAUGUGACCACAGAACCUCAGCUGCUCUACUAUCCCAGUAUUACCUAUGCAAUAAUUGGUAGCUCUGCCAUAUUUGUGCUGGUAGUGGCCCUGCUUGCCUUGGUGUUGCACCACCAGCGAAAACGCAACAACCUCAUGACAUUGCCUGUGCACCGACUGCAGCACCCUGUCCUUCUAUCCCGGCUAGUUGUCCUUGAUCAUCCUCAUCACUGCAAUGUAACCUAUAAUGUCAACAAUGGGGUUCAGUACAUGUCCAACCAAGCCUACCCGAGGCCACCAGAUCUAGACUCUCCACCAUCUUAUUCAGAAGCUGUGCUAGACCAAAGCAGACCUCCAUGGUUCGAUCUUCCUCCACCUCCAUACUCCUCAGAAUCAGAAUCUCAGAAUCAAAUAGAUCUCCCUCCUUAUCGAUCAAGGACUGGAAGUGUGGUGAGCACAGAUGCUCCAGUGGCAAGAAAUCCAUUGAAUGCAGAAAGCAGUCGAACCAGAAGCACCAUUAACAGUUCGGACUAUCACAGUGUGCUGCAUGAAAUUCCAACUGAGCACAGUGACUCUUUAAUCAGUUCCCUUUCUACUGAGGAUCUAUAAGCAGUUAUUUAUGAAGUUCUUAUGGAUGGAUCUGUGCUAAGAAGUUAAAUGUCCAGAAGUGUUUGGGCUCAUUCUUCAUGACUUCUGCAGUACAUUUGUGCAACAUCUCCAGUGCAGAAAUGAACUGGAGCUGUGGAAGCUUCCAUCCAAUUACUCCCACUAAUUUCAAAGGAUUUUGAAGAGAGAUGCCAGUGUAUUGAGCCUAAAGGGACUCAGCUAUGUUACAUUUUAAGCAUGCUGUAUUUUGCAGCAGUUCUUGAAAUUCAGUUCAGAUUCAGUUUGACUGUCUGUAACAUGUUAAUCUUCUAAAGUAUUUACUGUGUGUGUAUGUCUGGAUAUACACAUAUGUAACUACACCUCUGUAUUUGGAAACAUCCUGAUGCUGUUUUACAAUAUGUAUUUAUGUCUGUGUAAGUAUGUAUAUAAUAUAGUAGUAUGUGAAGCUUGCAUUAAUUGCAUAGAUCCAUUUUCCUGGUUGCUACUGGAAAUGCCCCUCCCUCAACUCCAAUCCUGAAGAAGAAACAGAACUUUUAUGGCAGAACAUUCUGGUCUAGUUUGAUUUGUGCUGGAAUGCUGAUCUCUGUUACAAGGUAACAUUAAUGCCCCAAGUUUUGUGACAGCUGUAGUGUAAAAAUGUCCUAUUUUCAUAUUUAUCUAGUGCAUUAAGAGUUGUGUGUGUACCAGAUUUCUGCCCAAUGCAGGAUGAGCCUAAAGCAUCCCUGACAAAUAUUCAUCCAGCCUCUUUCUUGAAAACUGCCAGUGAAGGAGAGCUCACCAUCUCCCUAGGCAGCUGACUCCACCUUUGAAUUACUUUGACCGUGAAAGUUUUUCCUAAUAUCCAUCCAGUACCUUUCUGCAUGUAAUUUAAGCCCAUUGCUUCGAGUUCUCUGUUGUCAACUGGAACAGCUCCUUGCCCUCCUCCAAAUGACAGCCUUUCAAAUAUUUAAAGAGAGCGAUCAUGUCCCCCCUCAAUCUCCUUUUCUCCAAACUAAACAUUCCCAAGGCCCUCAGCUUUUCCUUGUAGGGCUGAGUCUCCAGACCCCUGAUCAUUCUCGUCACUCUCUUCUGCACCUUCUCACUUUUCUCCACUGCCCAUCCAGCUACUAUCAUGGAGGUCAGCCCUGAGAUCCUCAAGCCUCAGAAUGGGAAGAGGAUGCUGCUGCUGCACCACCUCUCUCUCUCUCUCUCCCCCCUCCCUCUGGACUUAUGAUCUUGCAGCUCUAGUUUCCUCUGCUCCAGCUUCCUCUGCUGCUCUAGAUUCCUCCCUGGCUUGUUGUGGGAUCUGCCUUUUAUGGGCUGGGUUUGGCCCCACCUCGUCCCAGUGUUCACCAACUUCCUGCUUCCCCCAUGGUCUUUCCUAUCAGAGAAGGGAAGAGCAGCCUCCUUCUCCUUUGAUCUCCUCCUGGCUACCCCAGGAGGCCUGCUAGAUAAAGCCUCCCCACAAAGAGACCAGGGCCUGCCUCCCACAGACCCAUCCUUUCCAUGAGACUGCUGAUGCCACCAGCUCUCCCUUUUUUUUGCUGGCCGCCUCCUCCUGGAAGGGUGGUGCCAUUGUGCCUAUAGCCCAUCCCCCCACCCCCUGCAGGGCAGGCCUUUGGGUUCCUGCUGUACCUCAGCUUGCUUUAGUGAGCAUAGAGCUGGAACUUCCAUGGCCUCUAGUGGCCACUCUCACACCACACAGGGCUCCCAGGGCUGGGGAUAGGGUGGAGAGGAGUCCAUGAAUGGGCCCAUCUCUGGACACAGAUGGCAUGGAAACAGUGUUCAAAUUAUAGGGAGAAAGGUAGGGGUCUCUUGAUAAAAUUCACAACCCGUGCCUCUUUAUCCUGUUUGGUCCCAAGCCACAUAUACUUAUCCACUACAGGAUGCUAUAAAAACUAUUUAUAUCAUUCUGGGAUAAUUAAGAGCAAGCUUUAUGAGAACAUAGGAACAGCAAUCAGGAAAGUGCUUAGAGAAAGUAAAAAAGGAUUCUUGUGCCAAUAGAGACUAAUUUCUGUUCCAGCACAAGCUUUUGUAGAGUUGAGUCCACUCAUCAGAUCUGAUGAUGUAUGUUCUAGUCCAUGAAAUGUUACGCUAACAUAAACAGUUGCUAUUCAUUAAAGUGCCAGUAGACUAACAUGGCUGUCCCUUUGAAAGGGCUUAAAAAUCUUAUGCCCCCUUCAGUUCAGACUACAGACUUUACCAAGACCAACAACCAUCUACUCCUGUUUAAACUGUGUUGCGUUCAUUUUUUCGUUCCUGUUUCUCCCCCCCCCCCCAACCUCCCCCCAAACUUGCAGCAAUGUUCCUCUCUCUUUGUUUUCAUUGUGCUUAUGAAUUGAGUGUUCUUGUAAUACCUCUCCAAUGCUGGGAUCACCCAACAGACUCUCUCAGGGAAGGAAUGUCAACUGACAUAUGGAAUGGAUGGAGCAAGAAGACAGUUAUUCCUCUCACUAAUCAAACGCCCCAUGGCCAAAGAAAUCUCUUCACCUGUAGUCUAAUGUUCACAGUGGGAGGAAAAUUAUAUUCACAGUGCCGUCCUCUUGAUCAUGACUGGAACCUAUUCUCCUGCCAUUUUUGAUAUAUAUUUUCAUUGUUUUCAAUCUCCAGACUGGAUCUUUAUAAAGCCGAGACCAGCUUGGGCUCAAUGUACCUAUAUAGAAGUCCACCACCUCUUUUCCUUCAACCUAAACAGACAUACCUCAAUCGUCUUCUGUGUGGUUCCUGAUGGUCAUUUGAGUUUUCUCAUUCAAGGUUAUUUUAGAUCCUGACAUCACCAAUAAAGGGGAGCUUUAAAGCA